AUGGCGGAACAAGAGGACUUCUCCUCCUUGCCCUUGCCCGACCGGUUCGCUCACAAGAACUGGAAAGUCCGCAAAGAAGGAUACGAAGAUGCUAAAGCACAAUUCGAAAAGAGCCCCGAUGAAUCACACCCGGUAUUCGUGCCAUUUAUACAAGAUCCCGGCCUUUGGAAAGGGGCGGUCGCAGAUUCCAACGUCGCCGCACAGUUAGAAGGUCUUGCAGCAUACUGUGCUUUCUUGAAGUUCGGAGGAGUCCAGGCCUGCACGAGAACCCGCGGAUUUACAGUUGGCCCAAUUGCAGAGAAAGGUCUCCCAUCUACACGACCAGCCGGUAAAGCUAGCGCCCAAGAAGCCCUGUUAUUAUGUGUGGAGUUGGAUAAGGCCGAUCCGGUGAUGGAGGAACUCUUGCCCACACUUUCUCACAAAGUACCCAAGGUGGUCGCCGCAUCACUCGCAGCCUUAACCACCAUCUAUCACAAUUUCGGCUGCAAAAUUGUCGACCCGAAGCCAACCUUGAAGGCACUUCCCAAGGCUUUCGGUCAUGCCGAUAAAAAUGUUCGCGCGGAAGCACAGAACCUUACUGUGGAACUCUACCGGUGGCUUCGGGAGGCCAUCAAGCCUCUGUUCUGGGCCGAUUUGAAACCAGUGCAACAAGGAGAUUUGGAGAAACUAUUCGAAUCUGUAAAACAGGAACCCACGCCGAAGCAAGAGCGAUUCACCCGCGUACAACAAGAUGCCAUGGCGGCGGCCAGUGCCGCACCAGCUGGCGAGGAGGGCGAAGAACAAGCCGGUGAGGAGUUUGACGACGAGGAGGAUGGAGUGGUUGUUGAUGCCUUUGACCUGGCCGAACCCGUUGAUGUCAUGAAGCAAGUCGCUGCUGACUUCCAUGAUCAAUUGGCCUCAUCAAAAUGGAAGGACCGCAAGGAAGCCUUGGAUGCCCUCUAUAACGUUCUCAACGUACCGCGGAUCAAAGACGGCCCCUACGAUGAUAUCAUUAGAGGGUUGGCCAAGUCCAUGAAGGAUGCCAACGUUGCUGUCGCCACGGUGGCUGCGAACUGUGUGGACGUGUUGGCCAAGGGUCUGCGAAAUGGAUUUUCCAAAUACCGAAGCGCCAUCAUGGUACCCAUGUUCGAACGUUUGAAGGAAAAGAAGCAGACUGUCGCAGAUGCUAUUGGCCAGGCAUUGGAUUCCGUCUUCGCUACGACAACCCUUUCCGAAUGUUUGGAAGAAAUCUUCGAGUACCUCAAGCACAAAAACCCGCAGAUCAAGCAGGAAACCGUCAGGUUCCUGAUCCGCUGCUUGCGCACAACUAGGGCUGUACCAUCCAAGCCAGAACAGAAAGCUAUUGCUGAUGCCGGCACAAAGCUGUUGACAGAGUCAGCCCCAGCAGUCCGUGAAGGAGCUGCUGAAAUUCUGGGUACAUUGAUGAAGAUCCUGGGUGAACGCGCCAUGAACCCAUAUCUCGAUGGACUGGACGAAAUUCGCAAAACCAAAAUAAAGGAAUACUUUGGAGCUGCCGAGGUCAAAGCCAAGGAACGCCCGAAGGCCAUUAUAGCACCCCCCAAGCCCCCUGCCCCGGUUGGUAGGAAGGUCGUUGGCAAGAAGCCGGCGGCAUCAGGACUAAAGAAACUUGCCCCGGCAGCUGCACCGCCUGCUCCAGAAGAACCCGUGGCCAAGCCUGCACCCAGAGCCCUUCCUUCGAAGCUUGGUGCUCCCAAGGCUGGCGGCCUUCCGACUCCUGGAUCUGGUCUCAAACUUCAACGUAAGCUUGCUGGCCCUGGAUCCGCCGCAUCUCCAAGAAGAGUCGCUGCGCCUCAACCCCUAGAGGAAGAUGUGGCCCCUCCUCCCGCCGCUCCAAAAUUCGGUCUUGGUCGUGGCCUUGCGGGCCGUCCCAUCGCCAGGCCAUCAGCGCCUGCUGAGCCUACACCUGCCCCUUCACCUGCUGUCAAUGCCAUGGCAGCCGCCGAGCGUGCCGAGUUGGAGGAACUACGGGCAGAAAAGGAAAAUCUCAGCCGGUCCAUCGAAGAUAUGAAGUCUGAGCGCUCGAGGCUCAACUCAACGAUCACCGAACUUCAGAACCAGAAUGCACAGCUGAUCGAAGACCACACACGAGAUGUCUUGAGCAUCAAGGCUAAAGAAACUCAACUUGUUCGAGCAAGAAGUGACGCCGAAGCCGCGGAGGGCAGUGUUCAAAAACAGCAGAGAGAGAUCGAAAGAUUGAAGCGUGAACUGUCACGAGCACUUCGCGCAUCUGCUAUGAGCCCACCCAACGCUAUGUCUGAUGCUGGUAGCAUAGGUAUGCCGGAGACGAACUCCAUGUAUCAAGACCACAUGGGCAAUAGUGUCGCACGGUCUGGACUUCACAUAGGAAAUCGCUUUGAGAGCUCGCGUCCUCGAAGCUAUGCCUCCAACGAGGACAAAGAAAACAAUGGCAUGGAAUCACCAGGACUCAGCGGUCGUAAUGGUGGCCUAGGCCGACGCAACUUGAGCCCUAGUACCUACAGCUACCCGGUUGUUGGCAGUCCCACGCGCUCAUCUACUCGAAACUCCUCCACGCAUCUCACCGAAGAUGAACACCGGGCUAAAUCAAACGAACCAGCAGAGAAUUGGAAACGAGCCGCGGAAGUCACCAGCCAAUUGAAGGCUAGAAUUGAACAAAUGAAGGUUAGUGACUCUUUGCUCCCCCAAGAUACAUAUAUAUUUGGUCCGGCUCCUAACAAAGAUGAAAAUAGGUACGCCAAGGGCUUACACGACCUCCCGCCCAACGUUAAUGACCAAAUGACCGCGAUCACGUUUAUGUUUCCUUCACAUUAUACACCUUCUUCGCUUGCUUUGCUUUGA